GAGAGCGGAUCUUUAUAUAAUCUCCUUCACUGAUUUUAUUGUAAAUAUCCAGCAGAAUCCGCCCGCCCGACACAACCGAGCAUGGGCAACGAGGCGAGCCUGGAGGCCGGGGAUGGAGCCACUAUGGCGGGCAUGUCGGCUCCAGCACCGCCGGGCUCCGGACAGCUCCUGAAGCCCGUGAAUGGCGCAGCGGCCGGGGCUGGAGCAUCAGCCGAGCACAGGGCGGGGAUGACCAGGUUGGCUGGAGGGGGAGGUCCACCAACAAGUCCAAAACUAGGCUAUGGAGCUGGUAGUGAUCGAGGCCCGGGUGCUGACUUUGGCAUGGGUGGAAUGCAAACAAGUGCAAAUCCUUACAAAAAGCCAACCCAUGAUGGACCUAGACAUUCCCAGACUACGCCUACGCAUCAGUCUCAAAUUCAAGCUUCAACAGGGGGCAUGGGAGCCAACCAGAGCCCGGGCCAGCAUGCCUCCAGACGCAACCUCCAAGUGGACUUCAGCAGUAGCAGCAGAACGGGACGCUCCCCGUCAGUGUCUCCUGACAGAACUAGUGCACCAACUUCACCAUACUCCGUACCCCAGAUCGCACCGAUGCCUAGCAGUAAACUCUGUCCAGUCUGCAAUACAACAGAGCUGACCAAUUUCGACGGGUCGCCAAACUUCAACAAGUGCACACAGUGCCACACUACAGUGUGCAACCAGUGCGGCUUCAACCCCAACCCACACCUUACAGGGGUCAAGGAGUGGCUCUGUCUAAACUGCCAAAUGCAGCGGGCUUUGGGAAUGGACAUGACAACACCGCGGUCCAAGAGUCAGCAGCAGAUACACUCUCCCUCUCAUCAACCCAAGCCUGACCCAAUACCCAAGACCCAACCCUCAGCGCAGCCCACACCACAGAUACAACCUCAAAUGCAGACACAGAUGAAAAUUCAGCCACAGCUUCAGCCACAUUCACAGCCUCUGCCACAUCCACAGCCUCAGCAGCAGUUUCAGCCACAUCCACAGCCUCAGCAGCAGUUUCAGCCACAUCCACAGCCUCAGCAGCACUGUUCUGGGAUCCAGAGACAGACUGGUCCAACUGGUAGCCAGACUGGAUUUUACAGUGGGCCACAAACUGGACUCCAAACUCAAAAAGAGCAACCACAAGCAGGACAUUUACAAUCAUGGUACCAGUCAGAGCCCCAAAGGCAAGUACUGGGACCAAAAAGUCCAGAAAGAGGGCCCCAAAUAGGACGUAUUCCUCAUCCGGGUGCGGUGCCUUUACCUGGUUUAGCAAAGGCACAGUCACAGUCGGAUCUCGGACGUGGAUCUCCGGUGCGGAUUGGAGGUCAACCAGAUCGAACCCGAAGUGCUGGAAGCUCCCCAGCUCAUCAUGCAACAUCCCACGAUCCACCUCAGGAUGGUCUAACUAAGCUGUUUGGUUUUGGGGCAUCUUUACUAAACCAGGCGAGCACUCUUAUUUCUGUUGAUCCUCUUCCCGGAUCCUCACAGCCGUCGCCUGCCCGGAACCAGAGUGCGCAGGGGACAAGGGUGAUCUUUAGUGAUGCUAAUUCUGGAGCUAGUGCAAAAACCAAUUCUGGGGCUAGUGCAAAAACCGCAUCAGGGCCUCCAGGGGCUUUCAAAACAGGUCCAGAAGGAGUUCCAGUGCUCAAAGGCCCCGGAGCCCCACUGCAGAAACAACCUCCACAGCAGAAUCAGCAACAACAGUCACCAAUGCACCAUCAAAAAGGCUCAAAACCACAGCAGUUAGCAGGACAGCACCAGACCGCACCGCAGCAGCAGUCUCCACUAAAACAGCCUAUAACACAGCCAGUCAUCCAGAAGCCAGAGGUCACCUGCCCGCUGUGCAAGACUGCCUUCAAUGUGGGAUCCGCAGAAGCACCAAACUACAGGUCCUGCACCCAGUGCCAUACUGAGGUCUGCAAUCUGUGUGGCUUCAAUCCCACUCCACAUCUAGUGGAGAAGAAAGAAUGGCUCUGUCUGAACUGUCAGACUCAGAGACUGAUGUCUGGUGGACUCGAUCCUGUUCCAGUCGCACCACCAUCUCCCAGUCGCCAACCGUUGGGUUCUCCACGCCAUCAGCCAAUUUCCAGCAAGCCACUGCAAGGGACACCACAGCAGAAACCCCCAGUUUCUCAACAAAGUGCAUUUUCAAGUGAUAUGAAGACAUCUACACCGCUAACCACAACCACCACCCCUCCUGUGUCCAUCACUGCUGCGUUUACUGGUGGAGAAGAGAGAAAAGAAUACACACCCAAACUGGACAAAGAGCUUGAGGAUAAAGAAAAUAAACUGGCUCAGAAGAGAGGAACAACAGAGUCGAUUCAGAUGAUUUCUAAAGACGAAAAGAAAGAACUACAGAGCAUUACUAAGUACUAUGAGGAAACCACCAAGACAAACAGCAAUCAUGACCUCUCUCGGAGCCCACAGAGUUGUAGUGAUACUGGCUAUUCCUCUGACGGGAUCUCCAGUUCACAAAGUGAAAUUACUGGUCUUAUCCAGGAGGAAGAGUUGAAGAUGAAUGAGAGAGGUCUGACUGGGCAUUAUACACCACCAAGUCCGUCUGAACUGAUAAAGCUGGAGAGCUCCAUGCGACCCCUGCUAGAGUCUAAAUUUUCAACCGAUGGGGACAAAAAACAGGACAAGAAGCGAGGAAAGCAGCAACACAGUGAUUUUAGGAAGCAUCCGUCUCGCUCAAUAUCAAUUAGCCCAGAGGAAUAUGACUCCGAUGAAGACCUUGAGGGCAUCAUGGAAGAGGAAGAGGAUCCAACUGAGGAAGAGCUUAGAGCAAUUUCUGCUUUGACGGAGAACAGUGGCCAUAAAAAAAGAAAUGUAGAAUCUGAAGAGAUGACCGAUGAGGAGUUUAUGAGGAGGCAAAUAAUGGAGAUGAGUGCAGAUGAGGAGAACGAGGAUGAGGACGAGGAAGAGGAAAUGGAAGAGGAGGACGAGGAUGAGGAUGAAGGCUAUGGCUACAAAAAGCUAAAAAAGACUCAAAAGCACAUCAGUGACUCAGGAAAAGAAAAGCGUCGUCUCACUUAUCAUUCUAGUAGCUUUGAGGAGGAGAGUAAAACAACAAGUGAUAUAUACAAAGGAUCAGCUGAAGAGGACCUCAUGGCCUCGCAAGGAGGCUUACGAAGAUUCAAGACCAUAGAAUUGAACAACACCAACAGUUAUAGUCGAGACAUGGAAUUAAGCACCGACAAUGACUUGAGUCUUGACCGAGAGCCUGAGCUGGAGAUGGAAAGCCUCACCGGUUCUCCAGAAGAAAGGUCAAGAGGGGACUAUUCCUCUACUCUUCCUCCAACCACGUCUAGCUACAGCUCUGGAAUAUCCCCUACCUCCAUAUCCUCAAUGGAAGAUGACAGUGACAGUAGUCCUAGUCGGAGGCAGCGACUGGAGGAGGCGAAGCAGCAGAGGAAGGCAAGGCAUCGCUCCCAUGGCCCUCUCCUACCCACCAUUGAGGAUUCAUCAGAAGAAGACGAAUUGAGAGAGGAAGAAGAACUCCUAAGGGAGCAGGAAAAGAUGAGAGAAGUCGAGCAACAGAGAAUACGAAGCACAGUACGGAAAACAAAACGUGAUAAAGAAGAGUUAAGAGCACAGAGACGCAGAGAACGAUCGAAGACUCCCCCUAGUAAUCUGUCACCCAUUGAGGAUGCUUCUCCAACCGAGGAGUUGAGGCAGGCAGCUGAGAUGGAGGAACUCCAUCGGUCCUCCUGUUCAGAGUAUUCUCCUUCAGCUGACUCAGAUGCUGAGGGCUAUGAAAUUUCAUCAAAGCUGUACAAAUCUGGUAGUGAGUACAACCUGCCCACCUUUAUGUCCCUUUAUUCCCCUACUGAAAAGCCAGAAACUACAUCAUCUACUGCUGCUGUAACUACUUCCUCGAGUGGCAAGAAAUUAAAAAGUGCAGAAGAAGUCUAUGAAGAAAUGAUGAGGAAAGCGGAGAUGUUGCAGAAGCAACAAAAGCAGCAGACACAGCAGCAAUCAAGCUCAAGUUUGAUUUUACAGCAGUACAGCACAGCCACCUAUCAAGAGUCAGACAUUAGAAAUAGACAAGAUAUCGAAGAUGAAUAUGAUUAUAAUGAUCAAGAUGACAUGCUUUAUGAGAACGAGGAGACAGUGGAUAUUUAUGAAGAGAUCCGUCAGACCUCACAAAACAUCUCAAAGCAGCUGGAUGACCAAAUGGAGAUGGAUGUUUCCUACAAUGAAAAGCAGUUGCUGGAUACAGGCUCAGCCUUUGCUAAGUUGCUGGAACAAAGCAAUGCUUUACUGACUCCUGGAACAAGCCCCACCCAGCUCUCAGCACCUGUUUCAUUUUCUGAAACUGGGACAGGAGGACGGAUACCUGACGUCAGAGUAACUCAACAUUUUUCAAAAGAUGGGCCCAAAGACAGACUUAGAAAUCAAACUGGUAAAAAUGGAAUCACACCAACAGUUGCUGCCACGACUAUUGCUGCUUAUGGAGUAUAUGCCAGGGAGACUGUCACUGUCUCUCAAACUACUGCCAGUCAAACAAUGUCCACUACACAGCCUAGUUUAUAUGGUCGUCAAACUACCACAACCACUAGUGUUUCAAAUGUGUCUCAUAAAAUUGCUGCAAUCACUCAGGCUUACAACCAGAGGGAAAGUGCUGCACGGAAAAUGGCCAUCAGCAGAGGAGUGCAGAUGAGGGAUAGUUCAACAUCCUCAGAAACUAGAAUUGAAUCUGGCCCAAGUUCAGUUAGGUCUUAUGCGUACCAUGAAAGGAGCCCACCCCUUUCUCCAACUUCAUCUCCUACUCACAGUCCAACACGAUCUCCUUCUAGGAGAACAGCUGAGUUUUCAACUCAGACAGUCAGCCCUUCUGUGUUAGCUUUCUCUGGGAAUGCUUCUCACACCUCUCCUGUUAUGGCACAGGGCACUCAGACCUCACAUGGAGUUGUUACACCAGGCCUUUUUAGACAGCAGUCCACUCAAGAUACCUAUUAUAUGAUUAGAACAGAGGAGCCUGAGCCCACAAGUCCUUCAAAACCAGUUACAGUUAACACGGCUACAUCUCCGUUGUCUUCACCGACAAGGUUUAGCCGCCAGUCAACAUUUGAUGCCUACUCACCUCCUUUCAGCCCUCCUGAUACACCACCACAUGAACAGUCUCCGCAGCAUAGCUUAUACAGGAACUAUAGAGCCAAAAAAGUUAAUGUUGGAACUAGCAUGGCCACCACUGCGAGCAUGUACACACGUGGAUCACUGUCAAUGGAAAACAUAUCACUUUGUCGCAUUUCAACGGUUCCUGGUACUUCAAGAAUAGAGCAAGGACAACGAUUUCAAAGUGCAAGUGUAGUGGAUCUACGAACUGGCAUAAAGCCAACACCUAUUAUCAUGACUGACCAAGGAAUGGAUUUGACAUCCUUAGCCACAGAAUCUCGAAAAUAUUCUGGGUCUCUUGAAGGAAGUCCCAUUCGUCAAUCCACAACUAUUCAGCCCUUGAUAAUGAACCUUAAUACACAGGAGCAACUGCAUGUUGUGACAUCAACGGCAACUACGGUCAGUGUUACUGUAGCUGCAUCCAUGUUCAUGUCCCAACCCAAACACCCUGUGCUCUAUUGUGAUCCACUGGAAAGCAGAGUUGAUUUGGGCAAAGAUAUGGGAACAGUAGUUUGCCUAGCAGCAAAUAAGCCACCACCAAUUGACCCAUCUAUACCAAAGAUUGAUGCUAAGCUUGAAGACCUUAGUAUACAACAAAAUCAGUUACUUAAACAACAGCAAAAGCUUCAGCAACAACAACAACUUCUUGAGCAACAGCUUCAGCAACAUCAUCAGCUUCAGCAACAACAAGCUGCCUCUUUUGCAAAUUUGAAUAUAUCUAGCCAACUACCUCUAUUCAAAAAAGACAUGCUAGUCACUCAGACAAGUACUGCCACAGAAGUUAAUGUUAUCUCACCAGCUAUGUCAUCUGAUGUGUAUAGUGUUGGUGGUCCUCUUGAGUUUAGGGCAAAACAAGCAGAGACAGGUGUCAUGAAUCUAGCAAAUGUCAAGCCUCAAGUGAUGAUGGUCCAAAUUGAUGGUGCAGCACAAGGAGCUACGAUCACACAACUCGUCAAGCCUGAUGAAGGCCAGGAUGCAAUGAAUUUAACAGGGCAAAUAAAACCAGAAAAUCAAGUGACUUGUUGUGACAUGGUUUACAAUCUUCCCUUUGGUGGCAGCUGUGUGGGUGGUCCAUUCUCUCAGAAACCAGUGACAGAUGAGACUUCUAAGCAAUCAUCAAUAGCACCAACCACAUUACCACAGCAUUAUCAGCAAUUUGAUUUAAGACAAGAUGGACAGACUUACCAAGAUUACACAGUUAAAUCAUACACAUUGCCCCUCCCUGGCCGGCUUCAGCCAUCAAUGUCUGAAACUAACCUUGCAGACGCUGGGUUGUCAUCAUAUUCAGGAAAGCAUGAUCCACAUUUUCAUUCCUCUGGAGAAUUAUACACAGACACAAUGAAGGAUGGGUAUGAUGGAGGCUACCUUGGAAUGGGGCUUCAGUAUGGCUCUUUCACAGACCUUCGUCAGGGUGAUAUUGGAGAUUUACCAAUUAGAAGAUACAGCUCCUUGACCAACAUUAACUCAGAUUAUGGAUAUUUCUCAGGUGAUUUUGCAGAGUCUAAUCUUGCCCAGUACAGUGCUACAACUGCCAGGGAGAUAAGUCGCAUGUGUGCGGCCCUUAACUCAAUAGAUAGAUACAGUAGUAACCCUGAUAUACUACAGCUAGGCACUGGAAGAAGCAGUGGUCCACCGAGUAGGAUUAAUCUUCCUCAAGGUCCCAGACUUGGUUUCAAGUACAGCCCAGAUAGAAAGCCUCUUUCCCAUAGUCAAGCUCUAACUGAUCUUAUCAAUGCAAGGCAAGCUAGUCUUCGAGCCAUGUAUCCAUCAGCUAUUAGAUCCGCAGAUGGCAUGAUAUAUUCAACUAUAAACACACCUAUUGCAUCCACAGUUCCAAUAACAACUCAGCCUUCUUCUGUGCUAAGGCCUCUGUUAAGAGGGGGAUACAGACCAUAUCCUACACCAAAUAUGACACCUGUACCUUUGGCAAGCUUAACCAGAUUGCCAGUAGCUCCGAGGACUGGGCAGGCACCUUUCCAAUGUCCUACACCUAAUCCUCUCCCCGUUACAACAUCUACAAAAGUACCCGAGUCUCCAGCUAUCACAACAGUCCAAGAUGCACCAUUGUACCUUGGCAAGUCUCCAGUUAGCAUAACAGCAGCUGGAUCUUUUGCACAGCCAAUUCAGUCCUCUUCUGUGCCUAUUUCAACACCAAUGACCAUGGCAAUGAGCCAACCUGAAGUCCAAGCGCAACCAAUAAAUCUAUCUCAGUCCCAUCUUCAGACAAAUACCCAACCUCCUUUACAACAUCAACUAACACAAUCUAACUCAUCUGCUCAAUCAUACCCUCAAGUGCAAGGUCACCCUAUUGCAACUCAAGGAGGUCGGACUACUCCUACUGCUAUUAGAACUAUCGCUUCAAGUCAAGAAAAUGAAACUGAGGAAAAAGUCCAUCAACAGCAGGAACAACUUUUGCAAAUUGAGAGAGAGAGAGUGGAACUGGAAAAGUUGCGUCAGCUAAGGCUUCAGGAUGAGCUUGAGCGUGAGCGUUCAGAAUUGCAAAGGCAUAGAGAAAAGGAGCAGAUACUUGUACAACGUGAGAUUCAGGAACUGCAGAGUAUAAAGCAACAAGUGUUGCAGCAACAGCAAGCUGAGAGAGAAAGCCAGUUGAUUCUACAGAGAGAGCAACUAGCUCAACAGAAACAGCAGCUUGAUCAGAUACAAUCUUUGCAACAUCAGUUGCAGCAGCAACUUGAGGAACAAAAGAGACAAAAGACAGUCAGUGGAAAUACCCAAAUCCUCAGUGAUCAAUCUGGAAGAAUUAUUCAGCCACAGGAAUUAGCCUCUGAUGUAUUGUAUAAUGACGUUCAGGUUUUUGUUAGAUCGCUACCAAAUUCUACAUCAGAAAUAUGCUUGAGAAAUACUGAAGAUCAGGCAGAAAUUAGGUCUAUGCGUAAACAAAGAUCUAUGCCUCGAUUGCAAGAUGGAAAUGAGGGAGAAGUGACAAUGUUCCCUUUGCCUCAGAGGCUUGUAGAUUGCAGUGUGCAAACAGAUGAUGAAGAUGGAGAGGAGAGAUACCUAGUAUCAAGAAGACGACGGACUAGGCGCAGUGUUGACUGCAGUGUUCAGACAGAUGAUGAUGAAGACAAGGCAGAGUGGGAGCAGCCAGUUAGACGUAGACGUUCUCGUUACUCAAGGCAUUCUGCUGAAUCUAACAUAGACCAUAAAUCUGAAUCACAUUUUAAGACAGCAUCCUCCAGUAUUGCCAUACAGACCAUUCGAGACUGUUCUUGCCAAACAGAGACAGAGCAGCUGAUUAAAGUGUCCCCAAGCAUACAUGCCACUAUACCAGAUCCUAGCAAGGUUGAAAUUGUCCACUAUAUUUCUGGUCCUGAGAGAACACAGAAGGGUCAAAGUUUAGCUUGCCAAACUGAACCUGAGACUCAGUCUCAAAGCAUAGUUAUUCCACAGAUAAGCAUCGCUACCACGGUCAGCCCCACCAGUGUCCAUUUAGUUGGUUCAGCAGAUCCACUCUCGCCAAGUCAUCAGAAUGCUGUGAAGUUUGGAAGGCGGAGGCCCGAUCCUUUGGAGUUUGGCUACCAGCAGCAUCACCUGCAUAAUGAGUCUCUAUCCAGCUUGAUCCGGCAACAACCUAAAUCUCCACAGGUGCUGUAUUCCCCUGUUUCUCCUCUUUCUUCUCCACAACGCAUCAUAGACACAUCAUUCUCUUCUAGUGAGAGGCUGAAUAAAGCACAUGUCACCCCGCAGCAGAAAUCCUGUAUUGCCGAGCCAUCACAGAGACAUCAGGCCAUUCCUCGCCCUAUGAAGAAUAUCCAGAGAUCUAUGUCAGACCCUAAGCCGCUUAGUCCCACUACAGAUGAACAUACCAAGGCUAGGAUUUCACUUUAUCAGCAGCAAGCUCUUCAGAGUCAGCUGGCAGCCCUACAGCAGAGCUCCCUCUUAAGGAAGGUGAAGAGGACCUUGCCCAGCCCUCCACCAGAGGAGACACAGAUGCCUAUGGUCACCCAUAACCUAUCCCACAUGCUUGUGCCCUCUUUGCCAUCUCUGAAGGGGGGUUCUCGUUUAGCAGCAAAGACCAGUCUACUUAAGGAUUUGACGCAUGAGUUGAAGGCUGUUGAACAGGAAUCUACCAAGUUACGUAAGCAGCAGGCUGAGUUGGAGGAAGAGGAAAAGGAAAUUGACGCCAAGCUUAGAUACCUGGAGUUGGGAAUUACACAACGAAAAGAAACACUGGCAAAGGAGAGAGACAGGAGGGAGCUAGCUUACUUGCGCUGCAUGGGUGAUUCGCGAGACUAUAUGUCAGACUCUGAGCUCAACAAUCUUCGCCUGUCAGCUGCAGUCUCAUCCUUUGAGAGCAACGGGCUAAUGACCAGACCUAACACAGCCCCUCUCAGCCAGUUUACUUGUGAGCUGAACACUGCUGCCCAGUUUCCCCCCACAUCAUCUUUUGUGUCGUACCAGUACCCCCAAAGUCUCCCAACAAUACCUACCCCACAGGCCUCUACAUUGCAGAGCACAAGUUUCAACCAACCUCCCUAUCCGUCCGUGACCCAAGCUCAAGCUCUCCCCCAGCCCACUCCCUUACAGACUUAUCCAACCCUGCCCUAUCAGGUCCAAGGGUCAUUUCCAUCCCAAGUAUUUCCACAGAGCCAGCCUCCAUAUCCAACAGACACUUCCAUGCCACCAUCAGCACAGCCAAGCCAACCAGGGUUUCAGGCUACCUUACCACCUACUGGUCCAGUCCCUUAUCCAACCCACAAUACACCAUACCCAAGCCAGGCACCCCCCUAUCCGGUCAGUCAAGCAAGCACCUAUCAACCACAGACAGACACUCUCACUUUUCACCAAAAGCCACGACAGACAUCACUUGCUGACCUUGAACACAAAAUGCCCACUAAUUAUGAAGUUAUAAGCAAUCCCACAGUUGUAGUCACAACCACUGCCCAAGAUAUCAGUUACAGCCAGUCUGGUUUGGGUCCAUCUUAUGGCCAAUACAGCACAACCAUGGCAAGCACCUAUGGUCCCUACUCAUCAACUGUUUCAAAUACAUAUGGUGGGCCUUUAACAACCUCUGCACCUUCUGGGUAUGGGCCAUACACAACAAUCUCAUCCAGUAGUUAUGGGCAGUACACAACAACUACUGCAAAUGCUUAUGGAUAUACAGCAACUACAGCUAGUUCUUAUGGGCAAUAUAAUACCGUUGUUACAAAUACAUAUGGCCAGACAACACUAUCUGACCAUAUACACUCAAUGGACAGCCCCUCCAUGUACGCCAGUGAUGGCUUGUAUGGAUCCUCCAACCUAGAGCAGAGUGUCCCAAGGAACUAUGUUAUGAUCGAUGACAUUUGCGAACUGACCAAGGACGGCAUGGGCACGAGUUCAGACUCACAUCGCAGUGAGGGUCACGGACGAUAUGGGAGUGAUGGACUUCAUACUCGAGGGGGGAGCUCCUUUGGAAGACCGGAGGAUGAACGUGAUGCAGAUCUGUACGACCAGCAUCAUGGCAGGGGUAAGAGCACCUGCAGCUACCAAGCACAAGGGGCAAACACGCAUGGCCGGGUAGUGGGAAGCAGUAGCAUGGGUGGGGGAUCGUCAUAUUACUAUGAUGACUGCAGUCACUCGGCACCUACGUGGGCAGCCCAGAGGCACUCCACAAAAAACCUGUGCCCUUCCGCCGUCAUGUCCUCCAAGAGGAGCAAACAUCGUAAACAAUGCAUUGAACAGAAGAUGUCCAAGUUUUCCCCAAUUGAGGAAGCUCAUGAUGUGGAGGCUGAUCUGGCCUCCUACACCAUGAGCACCUCCACAACAAGUGGUUAUGGCUCAGGUUCCCAGUACUAUAAACUUCAGGAUGGCAUCUAUGCGCUACGGAGUACUUACAGUCCACAGCGGGGCUACUAUAAUGAUGAACGUCUCUAUGGCUAUGGCAGGUCCCGUUCAGCUGGUUAUGGCAUGGACAAAAUCUCUCCCUGCGAGAGGAGCUACAGAAGCAGAUCAUAUGAACGGGACCGUGUAGACCGGUCAUACCACAGCAACUAUGGCCACAGUGUGCACCCCACUUUGCAUUCCCAGUAUUCAGACAAGGAGAACUCCCAUGCCAUGACAAAGCUCAUGGGUGUUGAGAGGGCUUUCGGCUAUCCAUCAAAUUCAUAUGGUUCAAGUCACUCUCUACCCGAUGUGCAGGACCAUAUUCGAGACCUGCCCCGGACCCAUGUCUACAAGCCAGAUGAUAUGUAUAUAAUUGACGAUAUGCAUUGUGCUGUUUCUGACAGCGAAGCGUACCAUCUUGGACAAGAGGAGACGGACUGGUUUGAGAAGCCACGGGAUGUUCGUGGUUCCCGUCAUUAUGGCAGCAGUGGUCAUUCUGGGAGACGAGGUCAUGUCAAGCACACAUACCACGAUUAUGAUGAGCCACCAGAAGAUCUGUGGCCUCAAGAUGAUUACGGUCACACCCGUCACAUUUCCUCCCGUGAGCACCGCCAUCAUAGCAGCGGGAGUUCUGGUCGGCACUCUUCACGCCACUCCGAUGAGCCUCGUUCCUCUCGAUCAUCUCGUUCCUCAAAAGAUCCGUCCAUUCGGCAUGACUCCCGCUCCUUGUCAGCUUCAGGGAGGAGGGGGGACUCUCGUUCUCAGGGCUACCACUCCUCAGAUUACUCCCGUGACACCUCAGGCCAUCAUCACAGCUCCCGUUCUGGAAAACAAUCAUCUUCCCACCAUCAAGGGUCAUCUAGUAGGAAGCAACAGGAUCACCCCUCAUCAUCUAGGCAGCCAGGCUCUCUUGGGGCUGGACAGAAAGGUCCUAUUGGACCUUCAGGUUCCAGUAGGCAAGGCGUCUCCCAGCCUCCAGUUGAUGGGCAGCAAGGGCAGCGAACACAGCUUCAACAGCAGGCACAGACUUCAGCUGCCAGGCCCGGAUCUCAGACGUCCACCGCAGGUGCAGUGCAGCCACAGUUAGUGCAAGCCCAGCAACUGCAAGCCAAACCUGGCCAAACUGGUCCAAUGCCUCGACAGCCCGCCUCAGCAGCACAGACAUCCCCAGCUGCACUGAUUAAACCAGAGCCCACACCUGCCACUGCUAUUGGAGCAAAAGCAGUCCCUGGACAGCCUGCCAAAACAGCCCAGCCUCCACUCACCGGGAUAGGGUCCAAAGCUGCUCCCAGACCUGGAGGAAUCGGCAGCGCAGCCGCAGGUCAGAUGGGUCCUGAUGGAGACAGCAUGCUGUCCAAAAUAUUGCCUGGAGGAGCUGCAGAACAGGCCGGCAAAUUAGGAGAAGCCAUCUCUGGAUUUGGCAAGAAGUUCACCUCCUUGUGGUGAGGUGCAGGUAAAGGUGUCUAAACUGACAGAGGACAUUCGCACUGGAAAAACCUAUGAAGUUUCCCUAUUGUGUUUUACAUUGAAGAGAAAACAACUUACGAACGAACGUGAGAGGGAGAGAAGCUGUAUAGUUGUUCUGCCAACCAGAACAGGAAUCACAGGACUCCACCAACUCAAGGUCCGGGUCAUCAUUCACAGAAGACAACACUGCUCGCUCUGACAGCCGGACUAUGAUUUGGGAAUCGUGUACGUCUGUUCACAGCCCAACAGCAAGACCAGAAUACUACAACAAUAACUCGGUCUGUCCUGCAGAACAGCGUCCAGAAGACAGAGAGCGAUGGAUGAAGACUCCGGUCAUCAAAACAAACAGGUCAAUCAGCGAACGCCUGCGCUCCGCCACCUCUGUGUGCAUUACUCUGCACAUCAGCCCUCAUUGAUGAUUCAGAUGAUGAUGCUGAUUCAAUAAACAACUCUUCACUCCCCUCUCAGGACGAAAGACGUGUGAACAACUAGAAAAGCUUCAUAGGUUUUUCCAAAUAAAAAAAGAAGAAGAAAUCCUGUUAUCUACAACAUACAUCUCUAUGCUAAGUCCUUUAACUCAACAUUCCAGAGUGAAAAAGAAGAAAUCCUGUUUGUUUGUCUUUUGUUUCUCCCUUCUUUCUCUUGCUAUGUGCUAUACAAGUGUAAAGUGGACUCGGAGUGCAUGUAAUCCAGACCUUACACUGUUCACCAUAUCGAUGAGGGUUUGUGCACUGCAGAAGAUGAAAACGAGGAUGAGAGAAUCGCCCCAAGACUCCGACCACCAUCGCAGCGGAAAACAAACAAUGUCAGGUUCUGACCCAUAUGAGGUCUUUUUUUAUUCAUCGUCCUUUCCAAAGUAUUACAGAAUUGUCCUCAGGCUGCAGACGGGGUAUUUUUACAACCACUGUAUACGGGAUGGGUGAGUUGGAAUAUUGUGCAUUAUUAUUAUUAUUAUUUGGUUUGGUUCUUCUAUUGUCGCCUUGCUAUGUUUGUAGAGUGUUCAACAUAUUUUUAUAUUCACAGUUUAUAUUUUUGUUCUCUCACGCUGUUUGUAUAUAGACGAAAAAAAAUGGAGGUUUAUUUAUAUUUUUGAAUUAUUUCUUUAUAUUGUUUAUUUAUUUUUAAAUCCAUUCUUAUUCUGUCACAUGUUUACAACUUGUUUAUUUGUUUUAUAUAUUUUUUGGUUGAGUCUUUUAUUAGUUGAAAAAUAGAUCAAAAGCAAUAGUUGGACGGUGGUCAGCCAGUAAAGAGCACAAAAUUGUUUGAUGUUUUUACAGUCGUGGUCAGAUAUAGAGUGAUAUCUCUCUGUAAAGCUGUAUUAUAUCUGUACGGUCAUUGACAAAGUGAUGCCCAGUCUCUUAUUAUAUUAACACACGCAUUAGGUGUCAAAGCCAUGAUUUGUUUUCAACGUUUUUUAUGAAAUAAUUAAUGAAGAGAAAUAAGAAAAAAGCUGUACGUGGGAGAAAUACGCUUAGAGGAAUGUUGGAGCUUUUAAGCAAGUAGAGAUUGCAUGUUCAAAACGAUGACGACGAAAAAAAAAACAUUGAUAUUGCUAUGUGUUCUAAUGGUAUGUGUGAAUGAUUUCGGGUGUGUGUGUGUGUGUGUGUGUGUGCAUUAACAUUUGUAAUCAUUCCAGAUUAAAAAAAAAGAAAGAAAAAGAAAUACUGAUCAACACCCAGAAAACAAUAUAUAUAUAUAUAGAAACGUUUGGUCAGAGGACUUUUAAUUUCAGACCUUCUAUGCAAUGAUUCUCUCAGCUGAGAAAAAUGGUUGUCAGAGUAUUGAAACUAAAUUAAAUCAAAUUAAACACCGGAUCCGAGAGUAACUAGAUAGAUAGUCGUUCUUAUAGGGAGCUGAUUUUGUUUGUGUUGGAGAAUCUGUGAUGUAAAUAAUCAAUGAUGUUUCCCGUAUAUAGAUAUAAAUAUAUCUGUGGCAUGUUUCACAUUUUGAAAUGGAGCCAAUUAGCCAUAACGAAUAACAUUAUGGAUUUUCAUUUUUCAUAAUUCAUCGACGGUUGCUGCUGCAGUAAUGUUAGAUGAGAGAUAUGAGGAGGGUAACCAUCACUGA